ACUACCAUUGAGGAAUAUGGACGAAGCAAAGCACUUUCACUAUUUUAGAAUGUCGGCAUGCAGGUUUGAUGACCUUCUUUGUCGUGUGCGACCUCACUUACUGCAUUGUGGCACACACAGCAUGCCAAUUGAUGUUGCCCAGAGACUUGCUGUGACAUUACGAGUUUUAGCCUCUGGUGGAAGCCAGCAGGCUAUAGCUGAAAGCUACAAACUGGCUUCCUGCACUGUGUCCGGCAUUGUGUCAGAGGUUUGCCAGGCAUUGUGGAAAGCUCUGCAGCCAGAAUACUUGCCCUGUCCUUCCACCCGCAAGUGGGAAGCGAUAGCAGAGGAUUUUUGGCAAAUGUGGAACUUCCCAAACUGUGUCGGAAGCCUCGAUGGGAAGCACGUUACCAUCAAGGCCCCACCUCAUGCCGGGAGUGACUACUUCAAUUACAAACUAAGUCAUUCUAUUGUCCUGAUGGCGACGUGUGAUGCUCGAUAUCGGUUCACUAUGGUGGACAUCGGGGGAUAUGGACGGGAGGGCGACGGCGGUGUUUUUAAGGAGAGCGAAUUUGGGUCACGGCUGCUCGAAGACAAGCUGAACCUGCCGCCGCCAGCUUUUCUUCCCGGGACCACGAUCGAUGCCCCCCACGUAAUUCUUGCUGAUGCUGCCUUUCCCCUGCACGCGAACAUCAUGCGUCCAUUUUCAGGUGCAGAUCUGAGCAGGGAAAAGCAGAUUUUUAAUUACAGACUCUCCAGAGCUAGGAGGGUCAUUGAAAAUGCCUUUGGCAUCUUGGCAGCACGAUGGCGGAUUCUGGGCAGGUCAAUGGAGUUCCAGCCAGAUAAAGCUGUUGAUGUUGUCAAGGCCUGUGUUGUUUUACACAAUUUCCUAGCCUGUGCGGAUGUGUCAUCUGGGGGCCGCUACGUACCAGAUGGUUACUCUGAUGCAGAGUCAGGAGGAUCGGUAACACCUGGUGAGUGGCGCAGAGUGGUGGCUGGCGACGUCAGUCUAUCACUGACACCACAGAUGUCCAGGACCCGUGCCACCAGAGCUGCCCAGGUUGUGAGGAAUGACAUUAUGCAGUUCUUCCAGACGCCUGGGGGAGCGGUUCAAUGGCAGGACGAAAUAGUAUCCCGUGGCACACUUCGCACCUGAUGAGCCUACUGUAUACACUGACUAGGAUUUGUUAAUAAAAAACAUCUGUUUCUAUACCUAUUUGUUGUCUUAUUUUAUCUUGACUUUUCAUACACACAAGGUGCCAGACACAUACUAUUCAAAUAAUACUAGAAAUCAAAUAUGAAGUUCAAAGAACAGCAUAGUGUCUUAAGGCAUAUGAUCAGUCCAGUAUUUUAUAAAAGCAGUCUGUAUAAACACUUAUACAGCUGCUUUAGGUUUGAGAAAUUAUUUGAUACAAGUCUUUCACCCCAAAGGGAGCGGUCGUGUGGCACUUGACCACAACUGACCUGAUGAUUUUACCUGUUACAUUAAGGUUCCUGGCCUUUUGUCUUUCUAUGUAGAGUCGUCAGACAUAGCUCCUGUCGAAUGUGUUUAGUGAGAAAUGAUUCGAUGCAAGUCUUUCACCCCAAAGGGAGCGGUCGUGUGGCACUUGACCACAACUGACCUGA